GCCAUUUGGAGCCAUAAAGGUGUUGCUGCCUUCACUUUGUCAAGUAGUGCCCCCUGACUGGGGUUGAGUAAAGAGGGGAGAGUGGGAACGAAUGUGUCUGCUGAAAACCAGCUCCCGUGUUGUUAUGAAUCUGACCUGCAGCUAAAUAGGCAGAAAUCUUAUGGAGAAAGAUCGGGUUCAUUAUACAUUAUUUCUUUUCUGGUUCUUGGCCAGCAGGGGCUCCUUCAGUAGUUUGAUGUCUCCCAGAGUUUGAAAACAGACACCCCGCCUACCAUAUUCCCACCCCGGAGUCUGUACCCGGGACCAUUCCUUCCCCUUAUUCACACGGCGAACCAGGGCGAACCGCAGCCCUUUCAUGCUGCCGUUUGACCUCGCAUCAUUUCGUUCCUUCUUGUUUUUGUUUGCUCUCUCUCUCUCUCCCUCUCUCGGGGACCUCCUGCUGACUUGAGAGGGCAGCAGAAGCCUUUCUCCUCCGUGCUCCGUACCUUGCGAGGGAAUCUCUGCUGAACAGCUCGAACGCUUUGUAUCAAGAAUUAUCGGGUCCGCCAAUAUCCGCCUACCCUCCAACAUCUGCAAUUAAAAGAUCUCCUUUCGGGUUAUUUUUUUCUUUCAACCAUGGUAAAAAUGUGCUGAGAGGGAACAUGUUUGGAUUAAAAUCCUCAACCUACUUCUUCACAGGAAUGAGCCAUGAGCCAAAGUCAUCUGCCCUGAGUAUGAUCUCAGCAACACAGAGGACCACAGCAACUGUUAAUCCCUUAACUCCUUCCUCACUGAAUGGACCAGUUGUCACAAAUGGGAGUCAGACAGCUCAUGGGACACCAAACACCCGAGGAGAUCAAACAGCUAGCUUUGCUGCAGCCCUUCGAAAACUGGCCAGACAAGCAGAGGAACCAAGAGGUAUAGUUAGCAGCUCUUCACAUUGUAGUGAACAUUCUCCUAUAUCGUCACCAGUUGCUAAUCACAGUUCUCCUGCUGGGACACCCAAACGGACUCCAGGAACAAUAAUAGUUCCACCUGGAUCCCAAAGAGUGGCAAAUACUCCACCUGUGGUUACUAUUGCUCCAACGCAAACUAUCAAUGGGCUUUGGCGAGGUGAUGUUCGACAGCCCUCAGAGAGCACCCUGAGAUCCAGAAGUUGUGAUCACCCACUUUCUACAGAGUCUUUAUUAAAAAAAGAUAAGCCACCAGUGCCCACACAUGCUGGUCCCUCACAUCCAGCUUUCUAUCUAUCCAGUCACCCCAUCCAAGAGUCACCCUAUUCAACCAUCAAUUUUCAGAGACCUGUUCCACACCUGGUAACUUCCAGCAACACAUCAGAUGACUUCCUCACAAGUUUUCGUCCGUAUCAUGGACGAGAUGAAAUCCGGACAUUGUCUUCUCUGUCUUCAAUGGGAUUGAGUUCUCCAACAGCUGCUACAGCUGCAGCUUUCUACCAUCCUGCCUUCCUAUCUCAUCUACCUUAUCAGCAUCCACCGUACAGAAUCGAUGACCCUUAUUUCCUAUCACUUCGUGCACCAUUUUUCCACAUUCCACAGCCUGGUACCAUUCCAUCCAUCCAGGCUACCAACAUGCAACUCUCCCUCUCUGGUAUGAGAACCCCAUCAGGUGCAGUGCAACCAUCACUCUCAGGCAUUCCCUCAGAUCAUUUGUCGGUUCAUACAGCAAGAAGGUUACAAGUAGAUGAUGAAGUGAGAGAGCGAGAAAAGGAACAUGAGCAAGAGAAAAAGGAUUGGAAACGAGGGGUUCCUCGAGAAAGGGAACCUGAAAUAUUAACAGAAAAGAGCAGGAAAAGAGAAAAACAGCAAGAAGUGGAAUGGGAGAAAGAGAUUAAACGAAGGAAAGAAAUGAAACAGGAAAAAGAUCUCAAAAUUGAACACAUAGCAGAAAAGAAUGCAAUUCUGAUCAAUGAUGCAGCAAAAAGACAUAUGGAGGAAUGGAAGGAUUUCAUCUCUGCAAUGGAACAGCUAGAGAAAGUUAAACAGCCUUCUCCAGGAAAUGGAAAAGUUCGAACACUUCCUCUGGAACCUAUAGCCCUACCUGGUUCCUCUUCCCUACUUAAUGUACCCUCAAGUGGUUCCUUGCAUCACCACCAUCACCAGCAGGCAAUGGAUGAACAACCAGGACAUGGUGUUGGCUUUCAUCAGCAUCACUUUCAGCAGCUUCAUAGGGAACAAACACAUCUGUUUUCAGAACAAGAACAAGACAGGAGUAGAGGUCUUCUUAUAGAUGAAAAUCAGCACCAGCCACUACACAUAGGAGCUCCCCCACCUCUCAUCUCACCACAAUGCCCUUUGAAAGAGACUUCCCCACUGUUGAGGCCUUUUAUUUCUGCCCGUGCACUUCAACCAGCUCAAGCACUUAACUACAGCACUAAUUGCUCUAAAGUUAACCAUGAUUCAUCGAAGGAUUCAGAAAGACUUCAGAAUAGUACUAUGAGGAAUGAUGCUUCGAAUAAGACUGCUGGAGAGCACUUUAACCUAGAACUUCCUAAAUCUUGCACUGCUAAAGAUAUGAAUGAAAGCAAGAAAUCUGGAAUGUCAAGUUUAAGAACUGGUACGGUGCCACACCUGAAGGGCCAGAGUUCUAGUCAUCAGUCCAUAAAAGAUUUGCAACACCACAUUUCAACUAGGCAUCUUGAAGAACUGCAAGAAGAAUGCUUGGAUUUGUCCACCACCUCUGGAGCAACUGACCUGAGUCUGAAGAACAAAAAGAGUUCUCCAGUGCCCAAUAGGCAUACACUUUAUAGCAAUGAUGCCACUAGCAGCCUGUACAAUGAAGAGUUUCCACCCCAGCAGCCUGUUGUCAGCAAGUUAGAUUUGGCAGAAAAGAAAUUGAAAGAAGCCAGGAUGAAUGGAGAGCUUUUUGGCUGUAGUUCUUCAGAUGAAGUAUUCUGCAAAGGAGAAAUAAGAAAUAGGAUACACAGACUGGCCGAGCGGCCUCCUCUGAAGCUAGAUGAUGCUCCCAGGAAAAUGCUGUUUCUCGGGGCUGUGGGCCUGACCACUCAGAGCAAAAAAGUUAAAGUCAUACAGGAGAAGAUGAGGAAGCGGCGCAGAAUGCUGAGAGAACGCAGCCCUUCCCCACUUUGUUUAGAGCAGAAACAACGCUCUCUUCCUUCUCAAGUGCAUUUGAUCAGCCAUUCUCCAGAUGAACUGAACAAGGCAUCUGAUUUUGAGGAAAAGAAACAAUUUCUUGCACUCUUCAACUUAAAGCACUUGAGUACUGAACAGAGGAGAGAUAUUGAAGAGACAUUGUUUAAGCUUUUAUGUAAAAGUAAGAAGAAAUACUAUUCUGAAACACAUUCACAACCUUCAGCUCAUUCUGACCAGGACCCUACACCAUGUUCAGAUUCUCCUGGACAUCCAGAUGUAGCUGACGUCAGCCAUCUCUCAGUGAUUCCACCUGACAGCCGUCCAACUGCUUGCUCUCAGGAGGAGCUGCCAGCCCAGCCUCAGGCAGAGCAGUGCAGGCCAUUGCUCACACCAGAAGCAUCAGAGAUUGUGUCAAAGGAUCACACAAGCAACGUAAAUGGGGACAAAUCUGACAAGCUGGGAGCAGCAGAUUCUGGCAGCACCUCAAGUGAUGAGGCCAAACCAUCUGGGACAGUAACUGACAGGAAUGGAAAAUUCAAGCUUCUGGAUACAUUUUGGCAGGAGUUCCAGGAGUCUAUAUUGCAGAGCACUAAACACCAGGCUUCAUAUCGCCCCAAAGUGGUUGAUCAGCAGAGUGACAGGAAUUGUAGCUCACUGGUUCAGAGUUCAUCACUGUGUGGCAAACUAAAACAGCAAGCAUUUCAGAUGUUGCAUCAGAGCAGACAAGUUGGUCCUCAGCCCAAUGGACCGGACAGUGAGGAAGAAAUAGAUCAGCAGCCAAAAUGGCAAGGUGUAACAGAUGUUCUUGAAGCCUACCAAGAAUACCUUGAAGAGAAAAAUCUGGAGCAGCAAAUUCUUCAGGAGCAGCUGAAUCGUCUCAAGGAAAGAAAUCACGAAUUGAGUUUGACAGCAGAGCACCUCAGUGCACACAUGUUGGAGUUACAGUUAAGUAAACAGAGAUAUGAAGUGGACCGUCAGCAUCAGCAGGCUGCCCUCUGCCGCCUACGCAAGUGCCUUGAUCUGACACAUUGCCUGCCCACUUCAUCAUACAGGUGAACUGAGGAGUUUGACGCCACUUGAGCACAGGUGAAAUCUCAGUGGGGAAAUGUGUGCUCUGGGUUUAUGUUGUUCAUUUCAAGGAGAUUGAUAACCUUCCAUUUAUACCAUUAUCAUUUGUUUCAAGAACUAUCAGGAUACAGCAUGGAAGUUUUCAAGUUAUUUUCAAAAGGAAACUCUUCAGGAAACUCCCGUUGCCAAACAGCUCAGCUUGCACGCUUAGUCUUCUCAACCAAGCUUGAUCCAAAGCUACUGUAGUUUUAGCACUGAUCCACUGAGGACUUAAAAUGCAAAGCUGGAUGUAGACACCUUGAGGCUUCUCGGGUUAUAUUAAAUAAUGCAGUGAAGGCCACACUAAAGAAAUGAAUAAAUAGUUUUGGUGCCUUUAUGUAUUAAAUGGAAAUAAUAUGUUUUGUUUUGCUUAAAUUUGUAGUCUCGCAGCAAAAAAUAUGUUUUUGUAAGUUUGAAUCAGAAGGGCAAUUAGUCCAAAGCUCAAUUGUGUAAAAUAAAUUGAACUUGCAAGCUUUUAAACAAAUUAUUAUUAACUACUCAUUUAUUUUUUGUGGCCUCAGUAGGUUUUAAGGGUAGAAGUGACAGUCAUAAACAUUUAACAGUUACAAAUUCCUCCCUUUGCUUCAUUAACAGAAGUGUUAACCUAUUUCAGGUUAUUGUCUUUGUUAAAAUAAUGUGGUGAUGAAUUUGAAAUGAAUGCUUUCAGCACUUUUACCCACUGCUUUCUUUAAUGUAGUUUUCUGUUAAUGCCACACUUUGCCUAACAUGUGGAGCUUUGUACUUUUGAUGUUUAUAUAUAUUCACAGUGAACCCUCUUUUGGUUUGUAUAUUUAUAGUAUUAUUCAGUGAUUAUAAAGUUAAAUGUAUAUUUUGAUGUUUUGCAGCAGGUUUGCUUUUAAUCCAGUUGUUGGUAAUAAAAAGGUACAGAUUUACAAUGAAAUAAAUAGAUAAAUGCAGAGCUAGGGACCGAAUUUUGUAAAAGAAUAGAUCUGUUAUUUUUAUUUUGUGGCACAAAUAAUGUAAAUGUUAAGGAAAAACUACCUUUUACUACACAGCACCACUUUUAAUAUUUAGAAAUUACUUGAAGUACUCUUUCUAUAUUUUUGUUGUAUUGAAGUUAAUUAAAGCAGAAAUCUUGCGUAACAGAUUAAUGAAACUGGCCUCACUCUGAAUAGGGAUCAUAAAAUGCCUUUAUUUCCAAGCAUCAUGAUAUUUUUAACAUGAUAUAGCAUGUGAAUUUUUCUCAGUUUCCAAUAAAGGCAAAAAUUCAAGUGAAUCUAGUUAGUUAAAGAUUGCCUGAAAUAAAUUUUAAUUGCAGGAGGUAUUGUAAUCAUUAAGGAAAUUGUUAUAUACAAUCUGAUGCACUUCUGUGCAAUGAAGUUUUUGUUUCUAAAUACUAGCCUUGUGCUACUAAAACUUUGCUUCCAUUAAACAUUUUGUAGCAGUUACUAAAAAGAUAGCUUUAGAUAGCUUUAGACUAUUUUCAGGAGUAGUUCCUCAAUUAAAUUAUUAGUAGAAAAUUUUGAAAUUGUGACUGUUUACCUUAAGUCCUCCAAAGUAAGUUGGAUUUCAUUCAUUCAUUAUGUUUUAAACAUUGGCCAAGUGAACAAACUAAAUCACAUACUUAAAUAAGAUUGGUCUAGUUGUUUGUUAACAAAGCCCAGACUUUACUACAAGCAACAGUUUUCAAAAUGUAGCAGGUAUUUAUUAUUUUAAGUCAUGAUUUUUAAAUAUUUAUUCAUUUUGUCUGCUGUGACUAAAAUAAGCAU